AUGUGUGCUCUGCUCUCACUGCUCCUGCUGGCCCCUGUCCUCUCACUGGGCCAGACCACAUGGGGCGUCUCCAGUCCCAAGGAUGUGCAGGGCUUGAAGGGGUCUUGCCUGCUCAUCCCCUGCGUCUUCAGCUUCCCGGACAAUGUAGAGGUGUCUGAUGGCAUCACAGCCAUCUGGUACUAUGACUACUCAGGCAGUCGGAAGGUGGUGAUCCACUCGGGGGACCCCACGCAGGUGGUGGAGCGCUUCAGGGGCCGAGCUGAGCUGAUGGGGAACAUGAACCACAGGGUGUGCAACCUGUUGCUCAGAGACCUGCAGCUUGAGGACUCCGGCAACUACAACUUCCGCUUCGAGAUCAGUGAUGUCAACCGCUGGUCAGAUGUCAGAGGCACCAAGGUCAUUGUGACAAACGACCCCAGCCCUCCCACUAUUACCGCCCCCAAGGAGCUGCGUGAGGGCACAGAGGUGAACUUCAACUGCUCUACACCCUACGUGUGCCUACAGGAGAAGGCCAGCCUGCAGUGGGAAGGCCAGGACCUCACUCACGCUGUCACCUCCAGUCACCAGAGCCUCGAGCCCACUGGCGUUAGUCACCAGGAGACCCUACAUAUGGCCCUGUCCUGGCAGGACCAUGGCCGGACCCUGCGCUGCCAGUUCACACUGGCCACGCGCAGCAGUCAGAAAGAGAUUUACCUCCAAGUGCAGCAUGCCCCCAAAGGUGUGGAGAUCCUCCUCAGCUCCUCAGGAAAGAACAUUCUUCCAGGGGAUCUGGUCACACUCACCUGUCAAGUGAACAGCAGCUAUCCUGCCAUCGAUUCUGUGCAGUGGGUCAAGGAUGGAGUGAGCCUCGAAGCCAAUGGACGUGUGCUGCAGCUAUCCUCGGCAACCUGGAACGAUUCUGGGGUCUACACCUGUGAAGCAAUGAAUACUGUGGGCUCUCUGGUAUCACCCCCGGUCAGCCUCCAUGUUUUCAUGGUUGAGGUCAAGAUGAGCCCAGCAGGGCCCAUCUUGGAAAACGAGACAGUGACACUGUUCUGCACCACCCCCAAGGAAGCACCCCAGGAGCUCCGCUACAGCUGGUACAAGAACCACAUUCUUCUGGAAGAUGUCCACUCCCCCACCUUGCACCUGCCUGCAGUCACCAGGGCCAAUACCGGCUUCUAUUUCUGUGAGGUGCAGAACACCCAGGGCCGUGAGCGCUCCGGCUCAGUGAGUGUGGUGGUCAGAUACCCACCCCUUGCUCCAGUCCUGACCACCUUCCUGGAGACACAGGCUGGGUUCGUGGGCAUCUUCCAUUGCUCUGUGGUCAGUGAGCCCCUGGCCACACUGGUGCUGUCUCACGGAGGUCUCACGCUGGCCUCCAGCUCUGGAGAAAAUGACUUCAACCCUCGCUUCAGCAUUUCCUCGACCCCCAACUCCCUGCGCCUAGAGAUCCGAGACUUGCAGCCAGCUGACAGUGGGGAGUACACUUGUUCAGCCACCAACUCCCUUGGAAACUCAACUUCCAGCCUGGACUUCCAUGCUAAUGUGGCCCGACUCCUCAUCAGCCCUUCAGCACAGGUUGUGGAAGGCCAGGCAGUGACUCUGAGCUGCAGAAGUGGCCUGAGCCCAGCACCGGACACUCGCUUCUCCUGGUACCUGAAUGGUGCACUACUUCUCGAGGGAUCCAGCAGCAGCCUCCUGCUUCCUGUAGCCUCCAGCAGUGAUGCUGGCUCAUACUACUGUAGAGUGCAGGCUGGCCCCAGCACCAGUGGCCCCUCCCUGCCUACUGUCCUCACUGUGUUCUACCCCCCAAGAAAGCCCACAUUCACCGCCAGGCUGGAUUUGGAUACCUCUGGUGUUGGGGCUGGACGGCGUGGCCUCCUCUCAUGCCAUGUAGACAGCGACCCCCCAGCCCAGCUACAGCUUCUCCACAAGGGCCAUGUUGUGGCCACUUCCCUGCCAUCAAGGUGUGGGAGCUGCUCCUCACGCACAAAGAUCAGCAGAGCCUCUAACUCACUGAGUGUCGAGAUCCAGAACCCAGUGUUAGAGGAUGAGGGCAUGUACCUGUGUGAGGCUAGCAACACACUGGGCAAUUCCUCUGCCUCAGCCACCUUCAAUGCUAAGGCCACUGUCCUGGUCAUCACGCCAUCGGACACACUGCAUGAGGGCACAGAGGCCAACCUAACUUGCAAUGUGAGCCAGGAAGUUGCUGGCAGCUCUGCCAACUUCUCUUGGUUCCGGAAUGGAGUGCUGUGGACCGAGGGACCACUGGAGACUAUAAGGCUGCAGCCUGUGACCAGGACUGAUGCUGCCAUCUAUGCCUGCCGCCUCCUCACUGAGGAUGGGGCUCAGCUCUCGGCUCCUGUGGUCCUAAGUGUGAUGUAUGCUCCAGACCCUCCAAAGCUGUCAGGCCUCCUGGAUGUGGGUCAGGGCCACAUGGCUGUGUUCAUCUGCACUGUGGACAGUCAACCCCUGGCUCGCCUGUCUCUAUUCCGUGGGGAGCAUCUCCUGGCUUCCAACUUGGAACCGCAGCGUCCAUCCCAUGGCAGGAUCCAGGCCAAGGCCACAACCAACUCCCUCCAGUUAGAGGUUCGAGAACUAGGUCUUGAAGACUCUGGGAACUACCUCUGCGAGGCCACGAAUGUUCUCGGAUCAGCCAACAGUUCACUCUUCUUCCAGGUCAGAGGAGCCUGGGUCCAGGUUUCACCAUCACCUGAGCUCCAGGAGGGCCAGGCUGUGGUCCUGAGCUGCCAGGUGCCCACAGGGGUCCCCCAGGGGACCUCAUACCAGUGGUAUCAGGAUGGCCGACCCAUCCAGGCAGCAACCUCAUCCACACUCCGCAUUGCAGCCAUAAGUCUGAGGCAAGCUGGUGCCUACCACUGCCAAGCUCAGGCUCCAGACACAGCUACUGCCAGCCUGGCUGCCCCUGUCAGUCUCCAUGUAUCCUACACCCCACGCCAGCCCACACUCAGUGCCCUGCUGAGCACAGGCCCCGCUCGACUCGGCCUCCUGGUGUGCAGUGUGCGCAGUGACCCUCCCGCUCAGCUGCGGCUGUUGCACAGGAACCGCCUCGUGGCCUCUACCCUACAAGGCCCAGAGGAACUGGCGAGCAGUGAUCCCCGGCUGCAUGUGACUGUGAGCACCAAUGAACUGCACCUGGAGAUCCACUCUGCAGGACUGGAGGAUGAUGGCACCUAUAAAUGUGAGGCCACCAACACACUGGGCCAGGCCUCUGCUACAGCCGACUUCGAUGCCCAAGCUGUGCGUGUUAUGGCGUGGCCCAAUACCACUGUGCAGGAGGGCCAAUGGGUGAACCUGACCUGCUUGGUAUGGACCACCAAGCAGGCCCCACUCAGUUACACAUGGUACAAGGGUGGGCAACAAGUUCCUGGUGCCCGUUCCAUCUCUCUGCCCAAUGUCACAGUCAUAGACGCUACUUCCUACCGCUGUGGUGUGGGGCUCCCUGGCCAGGCACCUCAUCUCUCCAGACCUGUCACCCUGGAUGUCCUCUAUGCUCCGCGAAGCCUGCGGCUGACCUACCUCCUAGAGACCCAGGGCAGGCAGCUGGCCAUGGUAUUAUGUACUGUGGAUAGUCGCCCACCUGCCCAGCUAGCUCUCAGCCAUGGCGGCCACCUUCUAGCCUCUUCAACUGAAGCCUCUGUCCCCAACACCCUGCGCCUAGAGCUUUGGGACCCAAGGCCUAGCGAUGAGGGUCUCUAUAGCUGCUCUGCCCACAGCCCAUUGGGCAAGGCCAACACAUCCCUGGAGCUUCGGCUAGAAGGUGUACGAGUGACCAUGGAUCCCUCUGCUACUGUGGCUGAGGGGAAGCCUGUCACAGUGACCUGCGAGGACCCUGCUGCCCUCCCACCCACCCUCUAUGCCUGGUUUCACAAUGGCCAUUGGCUUCAGGAGGGGCCGGCUUCCUCACUCCAGUUUCUGGUGACUACACGGGCUCAUGCCGGCGCCUAUUUCUGCCAGGUGCACGAUACUCAGGGCACACGCAGCUCCCGACCUGCCACCCUGCAAGUUCACUAUGCCCCUCGGGAUGCUGCCCUGUCUUCCUUUCGAGACUCGAGGACCAGGCUCAUGGUCGUGAUACAGUGCACUGUGGACAGCGAACCACCUGCUGAGCUGGUCCUAUCCCACAAUGGCCAGGUGCUGGCGGCCAGCCACGAGCUUCACAGCUCUCCAUCAGGGACAGGCCACAUCCAGGUAGCCCGAAACGCUCUUCGACUGCAGGUGCAAGGCGUGCCUGAGGGUGAUGAUGAUGCCUAUGUCUGUACAGCCCGAAAUGCACUGGGCUCCAUCAGUACCACCCAGAAGCUCCUGCGGGAGACUGAUAUACAUGUGGCAGCUGAGCCAGGCUUGGAUGUGCCAGAGGGCAGAGCCCUGAACCUAAGCUGCCACCUCCCUGGUGGCUCCAAGCCCAUGGGCAACUCUACCUUCACAUGGUUCUGGAACCGCCAUCUACUACAUACAACUCCUGUGCCCACACUCUCCUUCACCCAUGUGACCCGGUCUCAGGCUGGGCUGUACCACUGCAGGGCUGACCUCCCCACUGGGGUCACCACCUCUGCUCCCGUCUUGCUCCGUGUCCUCUAUCCUCCCAAGAAGCCCACUCUGACUGUGUUUGUGGAGCCUCAGGGUGGCCUCCAUGGCAUCCUUGACUGUCGAGUGGACAGUGAGCCCCUGGCUAGCCUCACCCUCCACCUGGGCAGUCAACUAGUAGCCUCCAACAAACCCCAGGGUGUUCCCACCCAGCCCCACAUUCACGUCUCUGCCUCUCCUAAUGCCUUGAGACUGGACGUCGAGGAACUCGGACCCAGCCAUCAGGGGGAGUACGUGUGCACUGCCUCCAACAUACUGGGCUCUGCCUCAGCCUCGGCCUACUUUGGGACCAGAGCCCUGCACCGACUACAACUGUUCCAGCAGCUGCUCUGGGUACUGGGAUUUCUGGCAGCCUUCCUGGGCCUGCUGCUGGGCCUGGGAGCCUGGCACACCUGGAGAAAGAGGCAUUCUCAUAAGAUGAGUGUGAACGAGAAUUCAGCAGAGAUGGCCACUCAUAAAGACACUAUGCAGCUCCUAGCUCUGGAUGCAGCCACACAUGGAAUGCCAUCUGAUAUCAUGCCCCUGAGCUGACGGAUGACUCACCUGCCUUCAGGAGGAGGAGGUUGCCACUGUCUGACAAGUCAGGUGUUGUGAACAAGGUCCUGCCUACCUCUGUAAAAGCAGCAUGGCAGCAUCUGAUUUUCCGUGACGUGCCUCCCAAGCCUCUUGCUCCUAAGAAAAAC